AGUUUAAAUAUAAACGAAGGAGGAUGCUGUGUCCUGGAUCGUUGAAGACAAGCUGCCAGAGUGCGGGAGAACCAAGAUGGCUUCAUCGGGAUACUUGGCUGCCCUCUUUAUUUUGCUGUCAGUGAUAAUUACUCAGGCAAGAGUCCCACUGCAGAAACGCCAGACUGGAAAUGCUAACGACUACAUUGAUAAGGUAUUGGAAAACGCCAGAAAACAUUUUCGGGAGAACAAUAUGGACCCCCUGCCACUUCCAGAGGCCUUUGAAGGAUUUUCGAAGAAGAUUUUGUUCGUUACAUUAUCUGGUGAUGUCAAGGCAUGGGACGGCUUUGUGCAAGGCUUGUCCCGGUUGAACCGAGCUGGCGAUAUCACUCUCAGAUAUGAAGGUGGAACCAUUUUCCUGUCGGGGUCGCUUGGAAUUGAUAAAUUAUCAGCGGGUUACACUGCACGAGCUAGACUUGGAAAACUUGCCCCAACCAUCAAAGUUCAAGCGUGGAUCGCAUACAUUAGUGUCUCUCUUGGAGUCCAGAUCCCGUCUGACGGCAGUCCUGGAUACGUAAACCACUUGGAUAUCCACAAUAUUGGGAAGAUCGACAUAAAAAUCGACGGUCUUAUUCCAUUGAACUACUUACUUACAGCAAUCAGCUUCGUCUUUUUGAACAUCUUCAAGAAUGUCCUAAAGAAGGCUUUCAUACCACCCAUAACCAACGCCAUCAACGGCGCUCUUCGGCAAAUUGACAUGCCAUUUGGUUUUUUGUAAACUUUUAAUAAUAUUUACUCUUCGGCAGAGAGACAUGUCAUUUUGUUUUCUGUAAACAUGUAAUAAUUUUCCAAUGUUUGUCCUUACAAAGGUAGUUUAAUAAACUAUAUAUUUCUUGUAACUGUAAUACACUUUCCACCCUCUGCUCUUUUAACCGACAAUAAAAACUUUUCCUGAGAGCAUAA